AUGGUCGGAUCCAGAGUCUUGGCCUUUGGUGCCACGAGGCCGGCGGGCAUCUGCCUGCUCCGUGAUUGUCUCUACCGCAACCACGAGACGGUAGCCUUUGCGCGGAACCCGUCCAAGAUCCCCGCCGACUUUGCUUCCAACCCGCUGCUACGUGAUGAAGGGCGAACUAACCGACACCGAAGCCCUCUCCCCGGCCGUACCCAAGCCCGCGUUGUCGUCUCGCUCCUGGGGCCCAACCAAAUCCGCGGCAUCCAGCCCGAGAUGUACUCCGACUUUUACAAGGCUCUCUUUUCGCAAAUGCGCGCCCACGGCGUGCGGCGCAUCUUUGCCAUGGCGACGCUCUCGUUUGAAGUGCCCGAGGACCGCUUCUCGCUCCAGCGGCUCUUGGUCGUCGGCCUCGUGAGGGCUGUCGUGCCUGGGGGUUAUCAAACCGUCCACCGGAUCUGUGCCGCGUUUUUUCAGGAGGAGGAGGAGGGGAUUGACUGGGCGCUGUUUCGGAUUGCGGGCAUACCGGAGGGUUUGGACGAGAAGAGCAGGAGGGAGGACAGGUAGAAUGGGGAGGUGUAUGAGGGAUGGAUUGGCGGGGAGGGGUGGACGACGACUUGGAGAAGAGGGGCGCUUGCGAGGGGGUUGGUGAAUGCUGUUGAGGAUGGAAAGGAGCAGUGGAUCGGUAGGAUUCCCGCUGUUUGUCGAAAGGCGGGGAGCGGGAGGAGGACUUAUUCUUGUGUGGUUUGGGGUGUGGCCGAGCCCAGGAGAUGCACGGAAACAGGUGACCGUCAAACCACCGGACGAGUGCGUCGACAUGGGGAGCAAGCAAGACAUGGAUACAUUCUUCAUCUCGAAUACUCAUGACCGGAUUCUAUGUGACUGCGUGCAAAACAGCACAGCGGUAGCAGUGUCAGAUUGCUUAUGCAGAUGAACAAUAUCACCUAAGAAUUCUUUGUUCAGG